AUGCUUCGUUUAUUCAUUUUUUCUAUUGGAUUAUUUCUAUUUACAUGUGUUUGGUCAUCGACAUUAAAUAUAGAAGGUUCAUCAAAACGUUUAUUAGUAUUACUCGAUAAUUUGGGUAUACGAGAAUCACAUGCAUUUUAUUUUAAACAAUUAAAAGAUCGUGGAUUUGAAGUAACAUUUAAAUCAUCAGAUGAUAGUAGUCUUCAAAUUGUUAAAUAUGGUGAAUAUGUUUAUGAUCAUAUUAUUAUUUUUGCACCUUCGACGAAAGAAUUUGGUGGACGUUUGGAUGCUGAAAUUUUAACACAAUUUGUUGAUGCUGGUGGAAAUGUUCUUAUUGCAGGCAGUAAUACAAUUGGUGAUGUUAUUCGUGAAUUUGCUGGUGAAUGUGGUAUUGAAUUUGCUGAUGAUAAAAGUUCUGUUAUUGAUCAUCUUAAUUUUGAUGUUAAUGAUGAUGGACAACAUACAUUAAUUGUUGCAAAUCCAAAUAAUCUUCUUUCAUCGGAAUUAAUUAUUGGACAAGCAAAGAAAAAUAAUUUACCAUUUCUUUUUCGAGGAACUGGAAUGUCAUCAGAUCCAGAUAAUCCAUUAUUAAUAGAUGUUUUAACUGCUUCAUCAACAUCAUAUACAGCUAAUCCUGAUGAAAAGACAUUAUCUGAAUAUCCAGCUACAGUUGGUAAACGAACAUUAUUAAUAUCUGUUCUUCAAGCUCGUAAUAAUGCUCGUGUUGGUUUUGUUGGUUCAGUGGAUUUUUUUAGUAAUGAUUUUUUUCAAAGUUCAGUACAAGCAAAUAAUGGAAAGAAAUAUGAUAAAUCAGGUAAUCAAGAAUUAGCUAUGGCAUUAACUGAUUGGUUAUUUAAACAACGUGGUGUUUUACGUGCAAGAAAUAUUCAUCAUUAUUUAAAAGAUGAUAAAACAACACCAAGAUUUUAUACAGUUAAAAAUGAUAUUGUAUGA